UACAUUUGGUAUGAAAGGGACAAAUAGCAGCAUGUCGUGUACAACUGAAGCUGGGCAUGUUCGUUUAGGGGUUCUGUCCCUUUAAGUCGGGGUCUAACCUGACCUCUCUGACCGAUGCCUGCCUUGCUGGCUUUGUGCGAUGGCUGCAGCAGUGUUCCGCGUGCCGCUGCUCUGGUCUGCGCCGCUGUACUGCAGAGGCUUUUCAGUCCAGAGCAGCAGAGCACAGGCAGAGGAUGGGGAUACCAUAAACUGUCGCAUCAUUGAUUGGAUCGCUGUAACGGCAGGGAAAUCACCUCCGUAGCGAUCGUUCAUUUAUUUAUUUUUGCCUGCUGCUCUUUUUAUUGCUUUGUCACCUAUAUGUGCUCCUAUCCAACACCAGAUGCUUCUCACCACCCACUCUCCCGUUCCUCACCAUCCUGCCCCGCACAACCUCUGCUCCUCCUCUCUCUUUUCCUCCUGCUCGUUUCCCCCACUCCCUCCUCCCCUCUUACUCUCCGCUCGUCGGGAGAGCAGCGACACCUCGGCUGCCUGCGUCAGCCGGCCCCGCGAAGCCCCCGCCAGCCAGUGAGAGCUGCCACUGGAGGCUGCCGUAUCCUGCAGAGAGCCAAGUGCUUGUGUGUACGUGUGGAAGAGUGUGCGAGCGUACGCAGAUGGGAGAUCUGGUGAGUCAGGGAACGCUGCCUCUCAUCUCUCCGCUGUCGUCGCCCUCCUCUGCUCUCUCUCCUCUCCUCCUCUGCUGCCAUGGAGCUCCGGUGGGCUGAAUCACGGCGACAUCUGCAAAAAGGGCCGAGAGCUCCUCUGUCUACCGGACAGCCCUGAUUGCCAGCACAAAAGCGUCAAGUAUCCUCAACCAUGCAUGUUUGACAAGAUUUACAUGGUCGCCUCUUUUCAGCAUGUAGAGUUUCUGCUUUCUUAAGAAAAAAAAGGAGAGAAAUCCAAUAUCUACACCUGGAUUUUCCUCAUUAACUGAACAAAAGUUUAUCUCCAUGGCAGGUAGAUGCACAUGUGUGUGUGUUGUGCUUGGGCAACUAUGAAGAGGACGUGGACAUCAGGCUCUGCGGUUGUGUUCUUCAACACACUGGCCUUGUCCUGGACAGGUGCAAUUGAGCCCACGCCUAAAAUUGACGGAAGGCACCUGGCGGCUGUGACUCUGCAGGAGAACAUGACUCACAGGUUCAACUGCCAAUCGGACGGAUGGGACCCCCGCGCCCCUCCUUUGCUGACCUGGUACCUGAACGGGGAACAGAUGCAAAGAGAGCCAUCACCGGACCGUGGCCGUCUGCAGAUGACGUCACAAAAAGAUUCGGAGGCAAAGAGACCAGGGACCAAUAACAACAGCACCUUCUCUCUUCGGGCCCGGAAGUGGGACAGAGAGCUGGUGUGUGUCGCUUCGAACCCCAGGACAGGGGAGAGCUACAACGCCACGGUCACACUUAACGUCCAGUUCCAACCAGAGAUCCUCAGGGUAAAGGCCCACUACAGUGAAACCUCAGACCCGGGCCUCUCCCUGGUCCUCUUCGCCUUGGUACGGUCCAACCCGCCCGCCACCAUCACCUUCGUGGACCAGUCGGGCCAGUUGGUGGCCAAUGCCUCUGACUUCCUCAUCCUUGACUCACGAAGCCACCCCUGGCUGACCAAUCACACACUGAAGGUCACACUGGGUAGCCUAUCAGGGAACAUCUCAUUAAACGUCAGCAACAGCGUGGGAACGGUGCAAAGCAACCUCACACUUGCAGAGUUCCUCCAGUCUCGCGUGGAAGUGCCCAUGCUGGGAAUAGUAACCGGGGGUGCCAUGGCAUUCAUGGCCCUUCUCAUCCUCAGCCUGAUAGUUCUCUGCCUCAUGCAAAAAAACAAGGGCAAGUCCUAUGAUGAGCCAGUGGAGAUUCUGAUGACCAAGAAAAGCGAGUCAGCAAAUCUGAAGACAGAGAAAGCAGAUAAGACCCACAUUCCUCGAGAGAACAUGUCUCUGCCUUCCAACAUGCAGCUCAAUGACCUCAGUGCUUUGAGAAAAGCCCGAGAGGCUGCCCAGCAAAACAGCGUGGGAGAAAAGACGGAGGAGGAGGAGGAAGAUCUGUCUUUAGCCUACGCAGCAAGAGGUUUUGCCAGAUAUCCAAUGGUGGGCUACAUCUAUAGGGUGAAGAGCACAAGUAGUGAGGAGAUCUGGCUCUGACUGACCUCUGCGGGAGGGGCUUUGUAUGUGCAUGCAUAGGUACUUCUAACAACGCAGCUGUCUCAGAGAAAACCCAGAGCAACUGCCACUCUGCCCAUUCAAACAAUCAUCAGUUACCUUUAAGAUGGAACCAGGCCCCAGAGACUGAACUUGAAUUUCCAAAGCAAAGACAUGUUUUUUCCCCUUGUUUUUUAAUCUUAAAGUGAAACAAGUGCUCAGGUGUUUGCACAGUUAACAUCUUGUCUCAACGAUGCAAAGUAAAGCAACAUAUUUCGUGUAAACAGAUGCUAAUAACGUAGUCUCCAUUGUUGCAUUAAUGGAAUGCAUUCAUACUUCUACACUAACCAGAACGUUACUUGUUGAACGGUAGUAUCUGAAUAAGAUGGUGCAUAAUAUGAUAUAUAUCAUUGUCUAUGUAUAUGUGACAUGCCAUCUAUUUUACAUUUAUAUGCAAAUGUAUAUGUGUAUAAAAGAGGAUGAAAAUAAAGAUUGUAUGCAAG